AUUUUACCAAAUUUAUUAGAAAUUUCGCCAGUUUCGCGGUGUAGCCCUAUCUGUGAACAUAGCUUGCUUAAGAUCUUAAGAUGAAGUCGUUGAUAAUUUUCUGCGCAAUUUUUGCCGUCGUUUUUGCCAAUUGGUCUACCCCAACGAAAGAGCAAUUCAAGCAACAUCGUGAUGACUGCUUGAAGGAAGGAAAUGUACCGGAAGAGACAGCUAACAAAAUCAGGAAGGAACAAUAUCCUAAUGACCGAGAUACCUAUUGUUAUAUUCGUUGUGUGGGCUCGAAAUCUGGAAUCUGGAAUGAUCGCAAAGGUUAUGACAUAGAUCGGUCUUUGCAAGUGUUCGAGGCUAAUGGUUAUGAGGUAACCAGAGAGAAUUUGGAGCGGUGUUUCGCCCCACUUCCAGGGGCUGAUACGUGUACAUGGGCUGGAGUCAAUAUGAGGUGCUUGCGUGAUAACAAGUAUGUUACUAAGAAGGCGUCGGCAUAGAAUUCGAGACUGUGAUUUAUAAAAGUGUAAGCAGAUUUAUACGAUGUGAACAUUAAAGUUUUUAUUUGAUUCAA